GCUGGUGAUGCAGAUCGCAGUAUUUGUCUUUUAAUAUUAUUGUAUUCCUGUAAUUAUUUAUCAUGACUGAGGUAGAUAUAUAUAGUACGCAAAAAUAACGUGAGAUUUUAUAUUGUAAGAAUGUGACAAAUACAAUUAUUUUCGUAAUCGUGUAUGUAUAGAAGUCUUCCUUUUCUAAUGAUGAGAGCUGCCCUUGUGUUUUUAAUUUUAAUUCAAGCUAGAGGAAAAACUGAUCAGACGUGUCCCCAAUAUUGUACAUGUAAACUUGGGGCACAAGCAGAAUGGUUACGUGUUAAAUGUGGCAAUGAAUUGGAAGACAUUAAGAAUAUAAAUAUCGACAUUGUUAGUGUCGAAUUAAUACAACUGGAUUUAAGCAAAAAUAACAUUUAUACCAUUGAAGUUAAUUUAUUUAAAAAUCUGACAAAUCUUAAACGUUUAGACUUGUCACAAAACAAUAUAACAUCUGUUGGUGAUGGUUGUUUUAACGGUCUUGGAAAUUUAGAAAGACUAGAUUUAAGUAAGAACCAAAUCACAUUCAUAGAUGCUUAUGCAUUUAGAAAAUUACCUAAUUUAAAAAAACUUGAUUUAUCAAGAAACAACAUAAGUAUCAUGAUAUCAACAUUAUUUCAUGAUUUACUGGCUUUAGAGCAUUUGAAAUUAAAUGAAAAUAAGUUAACGUCUUUGAAAGAUAAUACCUUUUAUGGCCUCAAGUCUUUAAAGCAGUUAGAUUUGUCUACCAACCCAUGGAAAUGUGAUUGUGAAUUAUAUUGGUUCAGUGAUUGGGUCCAUAAGAGUUCUGUUAAAUUAAUUAAUGCCCCAAAAUGUGCAUCACCUACAAAUGUUAAAGGAGAACUUAUGAAAAAAUUAAGAUAUUCAAAUAAUAUUCAGUGUCAGUGGUUGCCCCCUGCAAUAGAACUUCAACCAGUUCAUAAUCAAGUUGUCUUUGCUGGAGAUUCAUUAACUCUAAAAUGUAGAGCACCUAGUGUCACUGAAGAUAAAAAUGCAAAAUUGCAUUGGUUAUGGUAUCCUAAUGCUACUACUAAUUUUAUGGAUUUAAAUGCAUUUUCAGAUCCACAGAAAAGUUUAACCAAUAUUAAAGUUGAUAAUAGAUAUCUUACAGACAGUGGCAUUGUAGAUAGUUCACUUAGUAUUAUUUCAGUUAAAGAAGAGCAUAAUGGACAAUGGAAGUGUUUAUUAAUUUCAAUAAAUGGUAACAGAACAAAGUCAAUUAAUGUAAUUGUCAUUUCUGAUCAAACUCGUUACUGUCCUCUAGCAGUAACUAAAAACAAUAAAGGUGUUUACACAUGGCCUACAACUAUAGUAGGAUGGAAAGUAGAACUGCCAUGUGAAGGUAAUCAUUUCUCCAAUUUAAUUAAGAAAGCUUCUCACCGUUGUAAUAGCACAGGAUAUUGGGAAAGUUUAAAUACAGAAUUAUGCCCAUACAUAUCACAGACAACAAAAAGCUUAGAACAAUUUUCUAAGGUCAAUCUUUCCCUUGCGAAGAUCAAUUUAUUGGAAACUGCAAAAAAAUUCAAAAAUUACACAGCAAGUGGAUUAAAAGUAACUGAUCCUGUUGAAAUAAAUUUUAUAGCACAAACUAUAGAACAAUAUUUAAACUUCCUAGUUGAAGAAAGAGAACUUGGUACUAUAUUACUUGACAUUAUUGCUGCAGUAAUUAAUUUACCAAAAAGCAUCUUAAAAAGUUCUGAAAUUUCUUUUAAAUCGUGUACAAAACUAAUAAAAACAGUAGAGAAGGUAGUGCAACUUACUCCAUCUAUACAAGCUUAUAAAAAAAAUAUAGCAUUAGAAGAAUUUAAAGUGAAACGUAGUAGUUUUACUGGAUUAAUAUGUACAUGGUAUUCUAAUGUUGCUUCUGUUGAUGAUUCUGAAUCAAAAUUCUUACAAUGUACAACAAACAAUAGAACUGCUCCUCUUGAUAUAAAAGACAAAAUAAUUGAAGCCUCGAUACAUUUACCUGCAUCAUUAUUAGAACAUUCACAAGAUAUCGUUACUCAUCAACUGAUGAUUUCUGUAUACAAUAAUAGCAGAUUAUUUCCUAAAAUAGUUACUAGUGAUAAUAUGGAUAUUACAUCGUGCGUUAUAGGAAGCAAAUUAUUUGGAAUGUCAGUAAAAAAUUUAACUGAGCCUGUGUACGUCAUGUUAAAAGCACCAUUAUAUUCUUAUGCAACAAACAAACUGCAACCCAUGGUUUGGGAUGAAACUCUGAAUAAAUCAGGUGGUUGGACUAGCGAUGGUUGUUAUUUAAGAAAUGUACUGAACAAUUUAGUAGUAUUUCAUUGCAAUCGAUUGGGAUAUUAUGGACUUCUGCAAGAUACAUUUUAUCUGGAUCACGGUGAUAGUAGUAUAAUUGCAGCAAAAUUUAGAUAUUCAAAUCCUGCAGUAUACAUUGGAAGUGUUAUAACAAUAACAUGUUUAAUUAUUACCUCUGUGACAUACAUUAUAUGUUAUGCAUCAAUUACUAUGCCAAAGAAAGCGAAACAUUGUGUUAUUAAUACCUGGUUUGCAAUGGCAUUAUUAUCAUUCUCUUAUAGUAUUGGUAUUCACCAAACAGAAAAUAUUCAAAUUUGUCAAGGUGUUGGUUUAAUACUUCACUAUUUAUCUUUAUGUUCCUUAUUGUGGAUGACAGUAUUUGCUAGUAAUAUGUACAAAAACUUUUCCAAGUCAGAUCUCAGGGAUAUUCCAAAUAUUGAACCAGAUCAACCAAUACCAAAACCUCUACUAGGUCUUUACUUGGUUGGUUGGGGUAUAGCUAUGAUAAUUUGCGGUAUAUCUGGAGCAAUUAGUCUACGAGAAUACGCAGGACAUUCUUAUUGUUUUCUUACAUCUGGUCCUGCUCUUGCUGCCUUUUUUCUUCCAGCUGGAAUUAUAAUUGUGUAUCUAAUUAUUUCUCAUUUACUUAUUAAAUGUGCAAUUGAAAAUGUUGAUGUAAAUGCUCAAUUAUCUGAAGGCACACAAGCUACAGAGAAUAUGGAUUUAGAAUUAUUAGAACCAAGCACAAAUCUGUCUGCAGAUAAAAAUAGUAUACACAGUGUGCAACUUUCUUCUGAUAUUUUGGAUUCUGAACAUUCUCAAAUAACACAAUUAAAAGGUCAAAUUAUUAUGUUAAUUUUAUACUUAAUAUCAUGGAUCACUGCUGCAGCAACGACUACAAAACCCUUAAGUGCAUAUACUUCUUUUGAUGAAAUUAUAUUUUCUACUCUGUAUUUACUUUUCUCAAGUUUACUUGGUGUUUUCGUACUUAUAUUUUAUGGAGUAGUACGUAAUGAUGUGAAAUCAGAAUGGUUAAAAAUGCGCUGUUGGCUUAAGAAGCGAAAGAACCAAUGUUGUAGAACAAGAAGUAUUUCCGAUACAAAUCCUGUAAUCCCAACACAACCUUUAGUACAGCAUUUAGUACCACCGUUGUCUAACUCUCAAGCCACUCAAGUGACAUCUGAUUCCAAUUCCAUUGGCUCAUCAGGGUACACAAAUAGAUUACAAACGUGUAAUACUUUCAAAUAUUCAGAUGCUAUAAGUAAUAAAGAGUCUUUACCUGUUGGUAGGAAAAUGGCAAAUAUAAAUUUAAUUGUGUUACAUCGACAACAGUACAGAUCUAAUAAUUCUGUUACAACAUAUACUGAACCAACAUGUGUCGAAAUGUUUUAUAAUCGUCAUCAAAGUGGAGUUGCUAGAAAAUUUUUUAGAAAACAGCGCCGACAUACAAAAAAUAAUAAUCUUGGCCCUAGAAAACAAGGUGAUGGUGGUGCUACUAGUGAUGCUCGUAAUUGUGUAUCUGUACCGCGAUUUGCUGCAAAAUUAGAACGUAACAUGGAACAAACUAUUUUGAGUACUAGUGCAAAAGUAAAUAAUACAAAUAUUCAUGUUGAACUGAAUCCAGUAAAUGAUAUUAAAAACGUUAACAUCCUCUCAGAUAGUGGUGGUAGUAUAUCGGAAGAAAGAAAUGUCUCAAUGCACUUUGUUAUCAGUCAAGAAAGUCUUUUUCGAAAUGUGAGAAAAAUCGACAAUUGCAGAUUGCAGAAGACAAAUUCGCACGACUCAGAUGCAGAUAUUAAAAGUGAUGAAGAAAAGCACUUGCGAAAUGUUUCACAGCAAUGCAGUUUAGAAUACAGUUCUGAAGUGGAGUCGACUACUCAAAUGAUUAGUGAAAAAAGUGAUCAUAAUUUAUCAGAAAUUUAUGAAACUGCAGAAACAGUUAGAGAGAACAAACUUGUAAGGGAAAGAUGUCAAAGUGUGAUUGACUCUCAUGAGAUAAGAGAGCGGUAUUUAAAAACUAAUUUAACAUGUUUGUCUCACUGUAACAGUAUGUAUUCUUUACCAAUAGAUACUGCAGAACCAUUAAAUAGUAAUUAUCGUAACUCAUUGAAUGACACUGCAUCCUUCAUUAGUUCAAAGAACUGCAAACAUUUAAAACCAUUAUUCAUAAAUGUACAAUGUAUUGCAAGGUCAAAUCUGUAUGAUCAGGUUUCUAUACCUCGAAAAUCACUUAGCCAGUCAGAACUGUUAUUUUGCGAAAAAAACGAUUUAACCAGUGAAAGCGCACCUACUUUGGGCCAAACAUUAAGCAUAAGAGAUAAUUCCGUAAUGAACAUUGAGUGUACCUCCAAUGUAAGCUCCAAUGAAUACAACUUUUACUAUAAAGAAAAGAUUGUCAAUUGUUUGACUAAUACUAGAUCACUUGCAUCAAGUUCCUGCAAUGUUGUGAAAAAUUUUUAUCCAAGCAAUGAAAUAGGAAAUAUAAACAGAAAUACAAAUUUGGACAGUAAACAACCUAUUGAAGUCAGAAAAUUUUACUUAAAGAAUCCGAAUGUCUAUCUCCCAGCAACCAAAAAGGAAACAAGCGUAUAA